AUGGCGCACGGCCAACAAUCCAACCAAUCAGCCUCAUUCAACGUCGGCGAGACGUACAAGAUCGUCGAUGUGGUCGGUGAAGGAGCCUACGGUGUCGUCUGCUCUGCCGUCCACGUUCCCUCCUCAUCCCGAGUAGCCAUCAAGAAAAUCACUCCUUUCGAUCACUCCAUGUUCUGUCUCCGCACUCUCCGCGAGAUCAAACUUCUUCGUCACUUUAACCACGAAAACAUCAUCUCGAUCCUCGACAUUGUCAAACCGAACAACUACGACAGCUUCUCCGAAGUCUACCUCAUCCAAGAACUCAUGGAAACCGAUAUGCACCGUGUCAUCCGAACUCAAGAAUUGUCCGACGACCACUGUCAGUACUUUAUCUAUCAGACUUUGAGGGGUUUGAAAGCGUUGCAUUCGGCUCAGGUGUUGCAUCGUGAUCUCAAACCAUCGAAUCUCUUGCUCAACGCCAAUUGCGAUCUCAAGAUUUGCGAUUUUGGUCUGGCACGAUCUGCAAACCAACCCGAAGCAGAAGGAACGGGUUUCAUGACAGAAUACGUCGCUACCCGUUGGUACCGAGCUCCUGAAAUCAUGCUUACUUUCAAAGAGUACACCAAAGCCAUCGAUGUUUGGUCUGUCGGGUGCAUCUUGGCAGAAAUGCUCUCCGGUAAACCUCUCUUCCCCGGUCGUGACUACCAUCAUCAACUUUCCCUCACUCUGGAGAUCUUGGGCACUCCUUCACUGGACGAUUUCUACGCAAUCACUUCGACUCGAUCCCGAGAUUACAUUCGCGCGCUGCCGUUCAGAAAAAAGAGAAACUUUAGUCAAAUGUUCCCCAACGCCAAUCCUUUGGCAGUUGAUCUUAUGGAACGUUGUCUUACCUUCAGCCCAAGGAAGAGGAUUACGGUGGAAGAAGCUCUCGCACAUCCCUAUCUGGAACCGUACCAUGAUCCGGAAGAUGAACCGACAGCCGAGCCGUUAGAUCCUAGCUUCUUUGACUUUGAUUAUUGCAAAGAACAGUUGUCCAGGUCCGAGUUGAAGAGGUUGAUUUAUAACGAGAUCAUGCGCUAG